AUGCUCAUCGACGGUGAGAAGUGGGCUUGUGAAGCUUGCGUGCGAGGCCACCGCGUGUCAAGCUGCCGACAUCAUGAUCGCCCGUUAAUUCGAAUCAACAAAAAAGGCCGGCCGUUCUCUGUCUGCUGCAUUUGUCGCGGUCCUUGCAUCGACCGAGAAGAACACAGCAAGCUCAACCGCGACAAAAAGUCUGAUGGUGAGAGCGAUAGCAAAUCCUCUGGAAAAAGCCACAGACAAGCCGUCCGACGUCGAAUCCGGCCAUCCUCAUUCGCACGCAUUGCACCACAUCCUGCGACACCACUCCCGUCGUCAAGUGAGCAAUUUACGCCUACUAGCCAGUCUGCUCCUCUCUUGUCCCACCUAUCACAACCUUCGCCACCUCUACUUCCAUCAUCUGCCCGCUCACGCUCUGUUGCUGACCAGGCCACGACGACUACGACUACCACUACGACUAUGACGACCAUGACCAUGACCACGACCAGUCCGCCACCGGCCAGUUUUGACUUGUCGGUCCCGUAUAUGGCUCCGGCGGAGGCUGUACCUCCGCUGGGCUAUCCUUUUGCGACGCUUCCGACUAUGGAAGAACCAUUUCUGCAGCCAGCACAUCCAGUGCCUUCAAUGUAUGCUGACGAAGCCUUGUUUGGACCACUCGACGCCAGCUUUGUGCCAGACUCGAUGUAUUCCGGGUUUGAAGACGUCGACGCUCUUCCGGAAGACUGGUCGACAUUUUUCUGGAGCGAUUGA